AUGGCGAAUCAUAUACAUACGAAUCAGUUGUGGUCAAAUUCAUUUCUUGAUCCAUAUCAAACAUUCAAAAAUCGAUAUGCAUUCGAAAUGUUACAUUCGCUUGGUUCCGUAUUUGAUAACAAAUAUUCAACGAACACAUCUCUGCAAACAAUGAUGAUUAGUUUAGCCAAACGAGAUGAUAAGAAUUUCUACAAGUUGGCUCUUAUUGCAUAUCAAGUUCUUCAAAAAGAUGAAUCAGUUGAUUUAAUGACUAUUUUUAAUGAAAAUGAAUUCGAACAAAGCACACUAGAUUUAUCAAAGCCCGAUGAAGAAACAUUAGAAAACGAUCAACUUCACUAUGAUGUUAACGUUGUUCAUGUUACUCCGACCUGUAAAAAAGUUAUGCCAAUGGAACGAAUUCAAGGUCAUCGUGCACUACGUCAUUCUGCUUUUAAUGAUGUGAAUGACUUUUGUUUGGUAUACUUUAAAUCAGAUAAAGAAGGUGGAUAUGUUAAUUCAAAUCCAUAUUACGAAAUGGUAUUGAAAUCGGGUAUUCUUUUAUGUAAUACACGGUACCAUUUAUUUGGUGCAUCUAAUUCGCAACUUCGAGAACACAGUUAUUGGUUUAUAAAAGCGAAUUCGUAUAAAGAAGUCGAUGAUAAACGAGCACAAUUAGGUGAUUUUAGUGAAAUUACUAAUGUUGGAAAAUAUUUAGCGCGUUUAGGUCUUUGGUUUAGUAAGACUAUUUCAAGUAGAAUUACGCUCAAUUAUACUGAAGAUUUCGAUGAACGAAUUCAAAAUGGUGAUUAUUGUGUUAAAAUGAUUGAUGACAUUGAACGUAAUGGUUAUUGUUUUACAGAUGGAAAUGGCUUUAUAUCAAAAGGUUUAGCAAAACUUGUUGCGAAAAACCUUGAUUAUCCCAUUGAAAAUAUCGAACUUGAUAUUUAUCCAUCUGCUUAUCAAAUUCGAAUGGCCGGUUGUAAAGGUCUUGUCGUUGUUGAGCCACAAUCCACCUUGGAUCAAUUCUAUAUCAAAAUUCGUCCAUCAAUGAAGAAAUUCAAAUCGAAUGACUGGACUUUGGAGAUUUGUGAAGCUAGUCAACCAAUUCCAACUCGGCUUAAUAACCAAGUUAUUAUGAUUAUGUCCGAUCUUGGCGUGCCAGAUAAAAAGUUUCUUGAUCUACAAUGCAAAUGGUUUCGAGAUGAAAAAAAAUCACCUGAUAAUUCUCAAGAUCUUUUAAAAAAUAAGAUACCAAUGCCGGUAAAUGAAUGUCGCUAUAUGUUUGGUUGUGCAAUCGAAUCUAGUCUUGAACCAGGAAAAUGCUUUAUUCGAUACCAAGUUGUUGAUGAUGACGGACAACCACUUAAAACUCCUCGAUUUGAAACCGUUGUUGGACGUGUUAUUGUGACGAAGAAUCCUUGCCUUCAUGCUGGUGAUAUGCUUGAACUAGAAGCUGUCGAUAAUCAUGAACUUUAUUGCCUAACUGAUGUUAUCGUAUUUUCCACUAAAGAUGAAAGUAAAUUGCCAUACUCUGUUUGUCUUGAAUCCAAUUUAAAUAUGAUUAUAGGACCUGAUCCAAAUAAAAUUUCUGGAUCCGAUCUCGACGGUGAUCAUUAUUUCGUUUAUUGGGGUCAGGAUUUGAAAAUAUCUCGAAAAGUUGACCCACUUGAUUAUACAUCGUUUGUUUCACAACGUUCUCCAAAAUCUUCGCCAAUAACUCAUACGGAUAUUUUACGGCAUUGUUAUUCAUUAUUCGGUGCUAUAAGUUGCGGUGAAAUCUAUAAUUUACAUGCUACUGUCGUUGACAAAAAUCUCGAAAAUUGUAAACAACUUACAUGUCAAAAAUUGGCUGUUGAACUUGCAAACAUGUUUUCAGCUGCUAUCGAUUCUUCUAAAACGGGCUAUGUCGCUGAUAGACAACGUAUUAAUCAAAUUCGUAAACUAGUGGGCAAAUUAUAUCCAGAUUUUUUGAUGAAAGAUAAUUCAUAUGAAUCUCAAUCUAUUCUUGGUAAACUCUAUCGACAAGCACUCGAAUACAAGAAUAAAAAUUCGGAUAAAUUUCUAAAUCAAAAGAUCAGUUUAAACAAGAAUACUUAUGACAAGUUUCGAAUGAAGAAUAUUGAUUCAUAUUUAGAAUUAGAUUCUGGAUUGGCCAUCAAUCCACACAUUAUCUGUCGAGAUUUCACAACUUCGUAUUCUCUGAAAGCGCCUGAUAAAAGUAUACCAGCAAUAUGGAUUGCAAUUUAUCAAAAGAAAUAUAAAAAUAUUAAACCACUCGAAAAAUGUAAAACAGUAACUCAAAAUAAUCAUAUUGUAUGGUUUAAUGUCACACUCACAGUACUACUUUCAUAUUCUUGUGCUAUGCUUCUGUGGCUCAUUGUGUUUUGGCUUGUAUUCUCGUAG